GCCAAAGUGCAGCAGGCUGUGCCUGGUGUGGUAUGGUCUGUAAUCAUUGACGGCCGACUCAAAGUCCAUCUGCUUUGAGAGGAACGGCACCUCGUCUCACAGGCUUCAUCUGGGCUUCAGUUUGAACAUCUGGCUGAGAGCCGUGGACGGAUGAAGAAACCACGGGCCCCUGGGCCUGGACGUGUCAAGGGCCCCCGCCAAAAAAAACAUCGCUAACAAAACAGUCCGUAUGGAACAACGAUCCCGGAGCUGAGCAGACAACAGAACGCAAAUGAUAUGAUAGCAGGGACUUUGGUUCUAUGAAUGAAACCAAUAACCAGGAAUAACAUCCCUCAGUAGGACUGUUGGGGCCUUGUGACAUGAAGGAUUCAGCCCAGCAGAGACCGGCUACAGCGCAUCAGAUCAUAUCAAUACAAAGUUAAUCACAGAGACGUCACGCAGAGGCUCUGGCUCAUGGGCCCCUGGGCCCGGUCGGCUCGUUCGUGGGCUCAUGAAGCCGGGUCUGAACGCCAUCAUGGGGGCGACAGGAAGUGGAAAGUCAUCCUUCCUGGAUGUCCUGGCUGCCAGGAAGGACCCCUCCGGGUUGUCGGGAGAGGUUCUGAUCGACGGAGCUCAUCAGCCGCCCAACUUCAAGUGUCUGUCUGGAUACGUGGUGCAGGACGACGUGGUGAUGGGGACGCUGACGGUCAGGGAGAACUUCAGGUUCUCCGCGGCGCUGAGACUCCCGGCCUCCGUCUCUCAGAAGGAGAAGGAGGAGAAGGUCGAGAAACUGAUCCAGGAGCUGGGACUGGGCCGGGUGGCCGACUCCAAGGUGAGGAGGAGGAGGAGGAGGAGGAGGAGAAAGAGGAGGAGGAGGAGGAGGAGGAGGAGAAGGUCGAGAAACUGAUCCAGGAGCUGGGACUGGGCCGGGUGGCCGACUCCAAGGUGGGCACUCAGCUGAUUCGAGGGAUCUCCGGUGGGGAGAGGAAGAGGACGAACAUCGGCAUGGAGCUGAUCAUCGACCCGCCGGUUCUGUUCCUGGACGAGCCGACCACGGGUCUAGACGCCAGUACGGCCAACUCAGUGCUGCUGCUGCUGAAGAGGGUGGCUCUCAGCGGGCGCACCGUGGUGCUCUCCAUCCACCAGCCGCGUUACUCCAUCUACCGGCUGUUCGACAGCCUCACGCUGCUGGUCAGCGGCAAGCAGGUGUACCACGGCCCGGCUCAGACCGCUCUGGACUAUUUCUCCGACAUCGGGUACACCUGUGAGCCCCACAACAACCCCGCUGACUUCUUCCUGGACAUCAUCAACGGGGACUCCACGGCCGUCGCCCUCAACCGGGCCGACGCAGACGAUCCGGAGACCGUGACGACGUGCAGGCGAGGCAUCGAGGACCGGCUGGUGGAGGAGUACCGGAGCAGCCGCCACUUCAAGCAGACCGGAGCAGAGCUGGAGAGGAUCGUUCAGGGGAAGCCGGUUCUCUCCUCGGUUCCCUCCAGAACCAUCACCUACAACACCGGCUUCCUGACCCAGUUCAAAUGGGUUCUCAAGAGAACGUUCCGCAACCUGAUGCUGAACCCUCAGACCUCCGUGGCUCAGAUCGCAGUGACGUUGUUUCUGGCUCUCGUCGUUGGAGCCAUUUUCUUUGACGUGAAGGAGGAUCAGAGCGGCAUACAGAACAGGUUCGGCGCCCUCUUCUUCAUCGUUGUGAAUCAGUGCUUCAGCUCGCUGUCGUCGGCCGAGCUCUUCAUCGCAGAGAGGAAGCUCUUCAUUCACGAGUACAUCAGCGGGUACUACAGGGUGUCGGUGUACUUCCUGUCGAAGGUCCUGUCGGACAUCAUCACGCUGAGGACCGUCCCCGCCAUCAUGUUCAGCUGCGUGGCGUACUUCAUGAUCGGCCUGAAGCCGACAGCCGGAGCCUUCUUCACCUUCAUGUUCACCGUGACGCUGGUCGCCUACACCGCCACCGCCAUGGCGCUCGCCAUCGCCGCCGACCAGACGGUGGUCGCCAUCGCCAACAUCUUCAUGACCAUCGCCUGCGUCUUCAUGAUGAUCUUCGCAGGUCUCCUGGUGAAUCUUCCCUCCAUCGUCAGCUGGCUCUCCUGGUUGAAAUACUUGAGUAUACCACGAUACGGCCUCGGUGCUCUGCAGGUGAACGAGUUCACGGGGUUGGACUUCUGUCGUGGUCUCAACGUCUCCAUCACGCCGCCUGGCCUCUCCUGUACGGGGGAGGAGUUCCUGGAGGAGCAGGGCGUGGACUUCUCCACCUGGGGCUUCUGGCAGAACCACCUGGCUCUGGGGGUCAUGACCUUCUGCUUCCUCAGCAUCGCCUACAUCAAACUGCGCUUCAUCAGGAAGUUCACCUAGACCUCCACCUCCACCACCAUCAUCACCAUCAUCACCAUCACCACCUCCAUCUCCAUCACCACCUCCUCCAUUGUAAUAUACCCAAUGGCUUUCAAAAAUGUUUGUGCAGAUAUUAUUAGUAAUUUCUGGUAAUUGUCCACAUCUCGAUUCGGAUCAUUUGUUUGUAGAAUAAAAUGAUUUGUUGUUGAAAGAGA